CAAGAGUUCAAGGUUACAGUGAGCUGUGAUCACAUCCCUGCUGCACUCCAGCCUGGAUGACAGAGAAGGACACUGUAUCUAAAAGACAGAGAAAGAGAAGCAGGAAGAAUUAUUCUUCACGCAGCAGGGAGCCCGCACAGGCGUCAACAGAUGUGAUGCAUUGUAGCCCCUCUGGAUCCCGUGGAAAUUGCUCAUGUGGUGCUACGAAUCAAUCACCAGUGCCAGAAUGAGCUGUGACUCCAGCUGCCCCAGUGAUGACACCGCGCCCCUCGGUGAUGGAGCACUGUGCUUCAUUAGACACGGAGGAGCACCUCAAGGAGGAGAGCAAGCGACUAUGUUUGAGGUCUUCAUUUCCCAGAGCGCUACACAGGCCAGAAGGGUCAUACCGGUACCCAUGUUUCAUCACCAGUGAUAACAGCGCCCCCAAAUAUCACCUUGCUUCUACAAAACAUCUCAGCAAAUCUCGGUUCUCCAUUGCUUUUGUUCAUUGGUGAGCUCCUUCAGGACCAUGGACCAUUUUUCUACACAUCUUUCUAAUGCCAGAAUUUUCAGUGAAGAUUUCAAUCUUUAUUGAUGUUUACUUGGUCUGCUAUAUUUCUCACAGUCCACUAAUUAUUUUGAGGCACAAUUGACAAAUGUUUGCAACAUUUUCAUCAUUUCUUCUCUUGACUGGAAGCUCUGCCCUCUCUUCAUCAGUGGCACACCCCCCAGAUGGGUGUUUAAUACAUGCAUGCACUGACAUUUCCUUCAUGGAUGAUCCCCACACAUUUGGACUAGCAGGUCCCUGAUUUCACUUCCUGUCUUGCCAGAUUUGACAAGAAAUUUAAGAAUGUUCCUUGCUCUACUAUUUAAGCUUCAACAUUCUAUCCACGGCACACAAAACCACACAACAACAAUAAUGACCACAACUCAGCAAGACACCUCCACACACGACGUGAACACAGCCGUGAGACACUGAUACGCCAAGGUUAUGUUCAUUGAUCCAUUCCAUGAAGCUAUCAGAAGAAAUCCUGACACCCAGUGGGUCACCAAUCCAGUCCACAAGCCCAAGGAGAGGCGUGGGCUGACAUCAGCAGGCCAGAAGAGCCGUGGCCUUGAAAAGGGCCAUAAGUUCCACCACACUAUUGGUGGUUCCCGCUGUGCAGCUUGGAGAAAGCGCGAUAUUAGCCCGUUACCGCUAAUGUUUGUGGAAGGAAUGCUUAAUAUGUGUUACAAUGCCAUCGACCGUCAUAUUGAAAAUGGUAAAGGUGAUAAGAUUGCUAUCAUCUACGACAGUCCUGUUACAAACACUAAAGCAACUAUUACCUAUAAGGAAGUUCUGGAGCAGGUCUCUAAGCUGGCUGGUGUUUUGGUCAAGCAUGGCAUCAAGAAAGGUGACACUGUGGUCAUCUACAUGCCCAUGAUCCCACAGGCAAUAUAUACGAUGCUGGCAUGCGCAAGGAUAGGAGCCAUCCAUAGUCUCAUAUUUGGGGGAUUUGCAUCCAAAGAACUGAGUAGUCGCAUCGACCACGUAAAGCCCAAGUUGGUUGUUACAGCAUCAUUUGGCAUCGAACCUGGAAGGAGGGUUGAAUAUGUGCCCCUUCUAGAAGAAGCACUACAAAUAGGACAGCACAGACCAGACAGAGUUCUCAUUUAUAAUCGUCCAAAUAUGGAGACAGUUCCUUUGGCUCCAGGCCGUGAUCUUGACUGGCAUGAAGAGAUGGCAAAAGCCCAAUCACAUGACUGUGUUCCUGUUCUUUCGGAACAUCCGCUGUAUAUUCUUUACACAUCUGGAACAACAGGGCUGCCUAAGGGUGUGGUUAGGCCCACAGGGGGAUAUGCUGUGAUGCUAAACUGGACGAUGUCGUCAAUAUAUGGACUAAAACCCGGAGAGGUGUGGUGGGCAGCUUCUGACUUGGGUUGGGUUGUUGGACAUUCCUAUAUCUGCUAUGGACCACUUAUACAUGGAAACACAACAGUUUUAUAUGAGGGGAAGCCUGUGGGAACCCCAGACGCGAGCGCUUAUUUCCGUGUGCUGGCGGAGCACGGAGUCGCCGCCUUGUUUACAGCGCCAACUGCAAUUAGAGCGAUCCGUCAACAGGACCCUGGGGCGGCCUUGGGGAAGCAGUACUCUCUGACCAGAUUCAAAACAUUGUUUGUGGCUGGAGAACGAUGUGAUGUGGAGACCCUGGAAUGGUCCAAAAAGGUCUUCCGAGUACCUGUCCUUGACCAUUGGUGGCAAACUGAGACGGGAUCUCCAAUCACGGCAUCAUGCAUUGGAUUAGGUAAUUCCAAGACACCUCCACCAGGGCAAGCAGGAAAAAGUGUACCAGGAUACAAUGUUAUGAUUUUGGAUGACAACAUGCAAAAACUGAAGGCUCGGUGUUUUGGAAAUAUUGUGGUAAAGUUGCCGUUACCACCUGGGACUUUUUCAGGACUGUGGAAGAAUCAGGAAGCAUUCAAGCAUUUAUACUUUGAAAAAUUUCCUGGAUAUUAUGAUACAAUGGAUGCUGGUUACAUGGAUGAAGAAGGCUAUUUAUAUGUUAUGUCUCGAGUCGAUGAUGUAAUAAAUGUUGCAGGUCACAGGAUUUCUGCAGGUGCCAUUGAAGAGUCGGUCCUUUCCCAUGGUACCGUGGCAGACUGUGCUGUUGUGGGCAAGGAAGAUCCCUUGAAAGGUCACGUCCCCUUAGCACUCUGUGUGCUGAAAAAAGAUAUAAAAAUAACAGAGGAACAAGUUUUGGAGGAAAUUGUGAAACACGUUAGACAGAACAUUGGCCCUGUGGCUGCUUUUCGAAAUGCUGUGUUUGUCAAACAGUUACCCAAAACCAGAUCUGGCAAGAUUCCCCGAUCGACUUUGUCUGCCCUUGUCAAUGGCAAGCCAUACCAGGUCACUCCUACGAUUGAAGAUCCCAGCAUUUUUGGCCACAUAGAAGAAGCGUUGAAGCAGGCAGCAUGACUUUUUUUUUCCAAUGUGGAAUCAAUUUCGGUUAAUUUCUAAAUUAAAAUUAAGUUAUUUGAGUCCCUUCCAAGACAUGAAUAUUUAAAUAGAAAUUACUUGCAAAGAGAAAUGUGAAUUGUAAAACUUAGUCUGAGCAAAUCUAAUGAAAACUAGUGAAAGAUCUGUGCCUUUGGGUUGAAUCGACCCAGUUUUCACUGUUGUCAGUUGCAUGUAACAUGGUUCAUUAUAUGUUGUCCACUGCUUUGACUUAAGAAAAAGGUAUCAGGUACUAUGUGUGUGAAUGUUUAAAUGUGUACUCCUGCAAAAAACAAAAAACAAAAAACAAAAAAAACACAUUUUAAUUAAAGGUUAAUAUGAAUAGAGAGCAACUUUCUGAAAUCAAGAAUCUGCAGCAUUGUUCCCAAAUUUAAAACUCAAAUUGAAGUUAGAUAAUUGUUAGAACUUUUCUUGUAGAAAUUCUGAAUAUUUUCUAACAUUCUUUAGAUGCUCACAUUGUUUUAAAUAAAAGUAAUCAUCUAGACAGAUGAAAUUGUCAUCUAGGUAGGAGGCACCUGGGCAGCCAUGUCUUUGGAGGGAAGGUUGGACACCUGGGUUAAAGUUGUGCCUUUGGAUCAUUUGUUACUCAAGUAAGAAGGAAAUCACACACCUGGCCAAGAACCUAAAGGGUUUUUAGUCUAGGCCAGGCAUCCUCAAACUGCGGCCCGUGGGCCACAUGAUGCGGUGCGAAUUGUAUUUGUUCCCGUUUUCUUUUUACUUCAAAAUAAGAUAUGUGCAGUGUGCAUAGGAAUUUGUUCAUAGUUUUUCUUUUUAAACUAUAGUCCAGCCCUCCAACGGUCUGAGGGACAGUGAAUUGGCCCCCUGUUUAAAAAGUUUGAGGACUCCUGGUCUAGGCUCUUUAUAGAGAUGAAGACUCCUGGGAGCCCUUCCACUUGUCUCGAGUUCUUAGCUGAUUCUGUCCUUCCUAAUGAUUCCAGCUUCCCGGGGGGGAAUGAUGUACAAAUGAUGUAAGACCCAGGGGUCUUCCAGGCAGAUGAUGUAAUGUCAAGGAGCUCCUGAAGUAAGCUUGAGCCCAUUGGUUCCAGUAUCAAAAGGACACCAGAGAGCUGUGAACACCAGGAGCACCCGCUCCACCUCGGGGGCAGCCCUUACUCAGCCCCAGCAGGAUAUGGCCCAGGAAGCAGACAGGUCCCCUGCUGCAAGAGCUUCUGGCUUUUAAGAGAAACCAAAAAUACAGAUUUUUAUGUAAAAUCUCUGAUUUUAAAAUAAUAACUCAUUUUAAAAUAUUAGAAUGUUCAAAUGUGUCUUACCAUUUAACUUCUAUAAACUCUGAAGUAUUUUGAAAAAAAAAAAAACACAAUUGAAAAGUGAACCUUUUUAAUAAGCUCGUGGUAAUGUGCCGGUUAACUAAAGGAGGUAGAUGUAGGUAAUUAAAUGUUUGGUUUACUUAGGGCUCUACCUGACAUCAGUUAUCUAAGAAUACAUUUUAACACAAAAGCGCACCAUGGCUAUUGAAUCUUAGAAGAUUUACAAAUAUUUCUGUAUCUUUUAGUCCAUCAGGAGCAUUAUCAUCAAUAGCAGACUGUCCUAACCUAAGAGUCUGGGUACCUAAAAAUAAAUGUGAGAAAUGAUAGAUAAGAGUUUAUUUACUUGCUUGUUUCAUGAAAGUAACUUACAACCUGGGGUGGCGCCUUGUGGCUCAGUGUGUAGAGCGCCAGCCCGGUAUAUGGAGGGUAGCAGGUUCAAACCCAGCCCCGGCCAAACUGCAACAAAAAAAAUAGCUGGGCAUUGUGGUGGGAGCCUAUAGUCCCAGCUACUUGGGAAGCUGAGGCAAGAGAAUCACCUAAGCCUAGGAAUUGGAGGUUGCUGUGAGCUGUGACGCCACAGCACUCCACCAAGGGUGAUAAAGUGAGACUCUGUCUCUACAAAAAAAAAAAAAAGAAAAGAAAAAGUAACUUAUAACCUGUAUAAAAACUUUCUGAAAAUGUGAAUUUUUUUGGACUAAAGGCUACAAAAUGAAUGGCUUCUCAAUGUAAACUAUUUGCUUAAAUUGCCUUUUUAAUUGUUAUACCUGAAAAAAUACAUUCAUCUACUUUUUCCCUUUAAUUACUUUAGUAGCCUGCAUUAAGCCAAUGAGAUAGACACUCUACAAUUUGAAGCUGUUGAGUUCCUUGAACUGUCUCUCAUAUUAGGUACAUUUUAUCCAUUACCAGUCACAACUGGUGUCUAAUAAUCCACUUUCAAUGUCUAAGCAGUAAAAAUGUAAUUCAUUGUUUUUUCCACAAAAGAGUCAGUUAAUUUAAGAUGACAAAUUGAAUGUAUAUCGUGGUUCAUUCACAAAGUAUAAGCUCAGGCAGACCCACGUAUUGUGUAAAGGUCACAUCUUUGGUUCUCUUGCAUAUUUUUCCUGGUGAUCAGCAAUUAAGGGGCAUUUCAGCAAAUAGGUUAUUUUCUAGUUGAAAGUGACUUGAGAACGGUGCAUGUGACUGGGGAACUGUUUCUUGUGUCUUAUGGAUAAAAUGCAUCUGUGUGCAGUGUCAGAAAAGUACUGUUAUUUUCAUGGAACUAAAAAUGGGGCAAGAAAGAUACACUUGAGUCAUCAGACUGCUUAAAAUUGGGAAGAAAAAAAUAGAAUUUUCUAUUUUAAUACCAACUCUGAAUCACUUUCCCUAGAUAGUAACCAAAAUAUUCUAAAUUAAAUAUAUUUUUUAAAAAAACAAUAUAAUGCUACUAGAAAAUGCAAAAUACUUAAAUUUGCUAAAAUAAAUUCUUUGUUUUCUGUUGCUAUUUCUAUAGAAAUUUUACUGUAGGACAUUAGGAAAAUGAAAAUGUACUGUACUUUCAAAAUUUGUAGGUGUUUUCCAAUUAAAUGUUUUGCUUAUUAAAAUAUAUUAAAUAUA